AUGGAUGCGGAAGUGUUGGAGGUCCGUCUUGUAAUUGACAAAAACCGUGCUGCAAGGAUUCAAACCAGACUUGUGCCCCGGACUGUACCUCCAUCUACGAACGCUCCAAAGGGUGAUCAGCUGACGACGAUGUCGCCCAAUCCUCGUGUCAAACGCAAGCGACACUCGAUGACUCUACGCUCUGAGAGGCGUCAGAGUUUCGAACAUGAUGUUUUGUCUUCAUCCUCCCCGUUGUCAUCUCCCCCUCCUCUUCGGUUAAAUGUCGUCCCGAGUAUUGAGCAUUCUCUGACCAACACGGUACAACUAGGAAGCGCUUCAGUUCAUGAAACAGAAGAACCGCAGCUUCCCGAGACCAUCCACGCCCCACGUCCCAGGGCUUAUACAACUCCCAUCCAAUUCCCAGUCACACCAGCUAGCACCGGAAAUCGAGUUUGGGCAACGCGCCAUCCACCCAGCCAGGAUUUCCUCAUUUGGGCAGAGCCCCACAUGGCACAAACUCCCAGUCCCAUCCAAGAGGACGAAUACAUGGCCUUCAGUCCCCAAGACGAGGACAAGGAAAACUUCUUUGCCACACGCUCUGAUCUAAGCUCUUCCGAAGAUCGAGCCCAGCAGCCUCACGCCUUGGACCAGAGUGCAACAAGCCACCGCGAUGCCUUUGGAAUCCCACUAGCCCACCAGAUCUCUGACUUUGUCGAGAGCAACGCGACCAACCCCCAAGCCGAGUCUAUUAUCCGCCCUCAACGCCAGGUGUUACAUCCCAUCUUGGUUCCAGAGCUAGACGAACCUGAAGAGACUUCUGCACUCUACGACGACAGUAUUACCCAGACUCAACUUCGCCAGAUUGAGGAGGUUGAAGGAAACUACCAGCGUGGCGACCAGAGCCGUGCUCGCAACAACCUUCAUGCUGCUUUCCGCUAUGGCGUACGCGUUCAGGGUCGGACUAACUUCGACACGGAUAUUCGUCGGAUUCUGGAGCCGCAGCGUCGUGAAGCUCGUCGUAACGCUCUCGAUGAAGAUGAGGAUGAGAACUAG